ACGUGAAUCAACGUGAAGAUCAAGCAAAAUGGCGGAAAAGUGGGUUUGUUCUAUUGUUACACUUCUCUUUACAGCUCAUCUUAUGCUUCCAGGAGUUUUAGGAGAAGAAUGUGCUCCAGUUAACCACGAUAUUAAGGCUCUAAAAAAGUAAGUUUGUCAUCGAUCUUUAGAUUUCUGUCUGAUGUUUUGAUUUGUGUACAGGAGGGGUAGAGCGGCAGAUCGAACUGUAUGAAGAAAUACAGCGAUUGAGAACCUUGUUAACUAAUUUUCAGUCCAAUACUAAUCAGAGUCUAGGAUACAACCAUGAAAAAGGCAUAAACAAAACAACAUAUAUGUGACGUGUUGUGUUACAAGGUCUUAAAACAGAUCGCACACAUAUAUAUUUGAGCUGCUCAUUGUUGCAACGGUCAGUUGGAAGACUAUGAAGGUUUGUAUGAGAGCGAAAGAGAUUUAAUUCAAAAAAAAAAAGAAAGAAGGAAGGAUAAUUUAUAAAGAAAGUUACUUUACCUUCUUUCAAUGUUGCAUUCUUUGUCUUUCAUCUGCAUUUUAGCCCAAUUUCAGAAGAUCUAGCUCAACAAUUUUGUGGGGGAAACACGAGAGACGGUAAUUUGUCAAGUUGGGCAGGGGUCAGGCUUAAAAGCAGAUGAACACCUGGCCCCGGUUGUUCAAAAAAAUGGACAGCGCUUCAUUGGAUAAAUCACUGUCGAGUGGAUAAGUAAUACAAAGACCAAAUGCGUUAUCCACUGGAUAGUGAUUUAUCCAGUCGAUAGCGCUAUCCACCAUUUGAAAACUGGAGCCUGUAUUGAAUGACAUUUCUUGCACUGAGACAUUCAUUAUAAACAAAGCAACUGGUUUUCCAAUUCGUAUCUACAUGACUGUGUAAUUAGACUGCUACUAGCAGUGUUAUCACCAGGAUUUUGCCUUGGAGAGUCCCAGGGCCCCCUCUUCUGAGAAAUAGGGGCCCUGUAAGAACAUUAGGGGGACAAAGUUACAAAAAACACGUGGUACGAAGAACCUGAAUCCGCACUCCAAAUUGUCUGUUACAUGAAGUACCUACCUGAUCCAAUAUGACGGAAGAGGUGUUUACGAUUCGGAGGAGAAGUUUACGAUGUAGUGGGACGUGCGUGGGACCAAUGAAAGUAAAGGCAACAAAAUUAAAGACUUUGACUCAUUUGAUACCAUGAUUUUUAUUUAUUCAAACAAACAGAAUGCUUUAGUGUUAGGUUGACCAUUAAAACUACUUAAGUCCGUUUGACUCGUAGCUUGCCCCUGCGCCCUAACGGGCGCAUCUUCUUGGUUUUAAUGCGCAAUUUCAGUUUUUCCUGCGGGAAUCCCACAAGGCCACGGCCUGGUGAGAACACUGUAGUAGUCAGCCGGAUUGUUUCACAUGAAUGCAUGACUUGUUACUUAUAAGUGAGGAAAAGAUGAAAUGAAAAGGAAGGGCUGCAUUCCCUUAUACUGCUACUACUAUAUGCCAGCCAAACUAACUUGCGAGCAAGUGUAACAGUAAGUUGACAUGUCAAUAAGUAGAAUUGCUCAAGCUUGCAAAACAGUGUGUUGACCAUGCCUCCUUGUUUAUGAAUAAAUCACAUUUUCCAUUACUGGGGCUGCGGUGAAUUUGAACACGUUGAUUACAAAAGAGAUUGUAGUCAUCUCUUUUCUUUUCAUCUUCUGUCCUUGGCAUGUUUCCUUAUAAUGGACUUGUGCAUGAUAUUUUUGCAUUUUUUGUCAUUAACAUCUAGGCGUCAUUACUGGGAGUUUGAAAUACAAGACAAGGAAGUACCAAGGUGCCCUGAACUCGAAAUGGAAGGCACAAACACCUCAUGUAUAUUCUACUUUUCAAUAUGUGAAAAAGUUCCAAGUUACUGUCCUGCAGGUUCUGGGAUUUGUCUGGCGAAGAAAGUUUCUCCACUCAAAUAUCCAAAUAUAACUUUGUAUACACGAUUUAUUGACAUUGGAACUGCCAGUGAAGUUUUCGAUUCAGGUAGGACUCUAGUCUUAUUUAGUCAGCAUUCACAGUAGGUCGAGAUGCAGUUGAACUUCCUGUAAGCUUAUAAUAUUAUUAGGGUCAGCUUAAGGGGAGGGGUAACAGUAAAAAAUGUUGGUUUGUCACUGGCAUUCGAAAUACAUGCUUCAGUCCAGGUGAAGAAGGGUGGCCCGAAAAUAUUGCCAAAAUUGCAGGAAAAGCUAGAGAUUCAUAUAUAUGUACAUAUAUGACACCCCGUUAUUAUGCAAACCCUGAUAAAAUGCACAGAUGCUAAAUCCCUGGCAAAAACAAAUUACGGACGUUUGUGAAAGAAACUCCGACUAUUAUGAACUCUCGCUAAAGAGGACACUAACUCACAGUCCCUACAAUUUCCUCUGUAAAUGGGAGUUGAUUGUAUUAUGAAUCGUACCAUUGUGUAUGUCUGAAAAAGGGAAAUUGUUGCCGGCAUUAACCUCCACAGGUGAGGUGACCAGUCGCAGCAAUUGUAUGACCAUUAUAUAGAUUAUGGCAUAUACACAUGUAGAAAACCCUCUGAUCAUUAAUUUUGAAGGCUGUACAAUCAGUGAUGUGUAGUAGUGCUGCACAAUAUUUUUAGAAUAGAUUGAUGUUUUUCAAAAUCUAUUUAUGAAGACAAAUUUUUAACAAAGGUGGUUGAUACAUGUAUUGCAUUUGUUUCUUUUCAAAAUUAAUGUUGAUAACAUUAGUUUGUGGUAAGGACUUGAGGUUAGAAAAUAAGCUUUGAAUGAGAUUAAAAUGCAAAAGAACAUUUAUAAAUGAUAAAUUAUAAAUGGAUUAUCUUUUAGGAUUUAACCAUUAAAUUACUCUUGCUUGCAUAAUUUAAUUAUCAUCACCUUCAGGAAAUGGUCUCCAUUCCCUUAUUCAUUUUUCAUUUUUUCUUUUUCUUCUUUUUUUCACUGCUGUCAAGGAGGAAAUGAUUUCACCCUGACAUUCUCUAGCUCGGAGUCUGCUACAACUCUAUUCACGUUCAAGUGUGAUGAGUCUGCAGAGUGGAAAGAUCAUUUAGAGGAUGGCAAAGUUAAUCAAUACCUAGUCAAUGCAACUUAUCAUCUUGAUGGAAUUAAGGUAUUAAGAACUGGGCAUAUUAUUAUUAAACAGUGCAUAAUAGUCUUUAGAAUUUAUAACGUUAUCUAUGUGAUUGAAAUAUAGGUGGAUUGAAAAGGAACUGUGUUCUGUCUUCAUUUGUGAUUAGUUUACUAGUUAGAGCACUCUGGCGUGGCUUAAAUGAUACCACAAUAAUAAUUGUGGGAUCAUUUGGGGUGGCUAAGCUAAACCUCCACCAUAGCAUCAGUGGUGCUGCAAAAGUAAUGUUUACAAAAAAAUGUGACUUUUCAUAGUUCAAGGCAUAUAUUUAAAAAAAUGCAAAAGCAAAAAAGGAAGGCUGGCACAGAAUGUGGUACAUGUGGGUAAGGUGCAUGUCGUUGGAAUAUCAAGCGUGCCUUUAUCCAUGCUCGCUCUAUUUUGUAGUCCCCACUUUGAAUUUUAAACAUGCAUUCAGGUGGCCAAGGUCUAGCCUGCCAAAAGUGAAGCAAAACUAUUCAUAAGGGACAAGGGGAAGCAUCCCUCCUUCCUUGAAUGCCCUUCAUGCUUCUCACCUACCCAAAAUCCCUUUUCCAUUCCGUUCCAAGGUGUGAUACUGAGUAAUCUCCAGAAUCACUCUGAGUUCUAAGAAAAUCCAGGGAUGUUUGUGACUUGAUUGACCAGUCUCAAAAAGUGAUUGGAUCUUGUGUGAUGAUUCAAAUUUUCCAUCAAAGCAACUUUAGAAUACCUGACCACCUUGAAUCAAAGUUAAUCAACUGCUCCAAUUGUCUUAAGGUGCUAAAAAGUGUGUUUCACUUCACAGUCUUGUUGUACUUCGAGUCAUCGAGUAAAACAAUAGUGAAGUACCCCAGUAUUGUAGUUUCAAUACAAAUUUUGAAUUACAGUGAAACGUGUAUUGAGUGGACACCCUCAAGAAAUGUGUUUAUGUUCGGAAUUUGCAUUUAUGGCCGCAGUUUGAUCCUCUAGGGAUUUUAGGUCACCUCUCUGUAUUUAAGCCUUGUCGCCUCUCACGUUAGUCACUCGACACAGCCAGUUUUACCGCUCGCACCUUGCCGAGCUUAAUUUUUCUAGUAUGCUGUUUACGUUUAGUCUCGUAGUUUACAGUGAUGUAAUUCGUUUUUCUCCGCCACUACUUUAUUUCUUGUACGUUAGCUUUUUCUCGUUCCCCAAUAAACACAACUGGUCGUGUCCUUCCUAUUUCAACGUGUUGUUGCCUUUCUGCUGAUUAGAACUUAAACGUUUUCUCUGCAGCGGAACGCAGUGACAUAGCAGAGAAAUACUGUAGUGUCCGCUUAAUACUGGGUGUCCGCGUAAUACAGGUUUUGAUAGAUAACGUCAUAUGAGGUGUCAAAAGCCAUUCAAAUGAACAGUGGAAACAUUUAGAAUACUCUCACAGACUAUAACAAUUAUAAUUAUACGUUUGCAUGAAUAAAUUUCUUUAUUAAAGAGGACCAAUUGAUCAUAGUACUGUGAAACAUUGAUUGCAACUCAGCUUUGAAGAACUCAGAUGAGUGAAAUAAGCUCUUUACCAACAAAACGAAAUAGAAAACAAUACUGUACUGUGAAACUAAUCAAAUGAGUUUGUUAAGUCACGUUUUUAAUGUAAAAAUCAAAAAACUUUUGGGUGGCAAUCUUUUGCAUUUCCGGUGUCUGGCAUGUUGUGUGGUGGAAUUUAAUUACAAGGGUCCGUUUAAUACAGGUUUGCAAUGUUCAAUAGAAAUGACCAUUUCAGGUACUUUUCAGGUGUCUCUGUCUGCUUAAUAGAGGUGUCCACUUAAUAAAGGUUUCAUUUAAAGUAAAUAAGGGAAAUAAAUUUGGGGACUUCCAAGGCUGUGCUCCAAGAAAAAUUGAAGGGAGCCCAGUGCUCUGAACUUGUGAAAUCCAGUGUGCCCAGCAUAUGAUUUGUAUGAAAAAGCUAAAAUUUUCUAGUCGCCGAGAACAAAAGUAAGGCGCUAAGGGCCACCGGGCUCUGCUAGAGCACAGCCUUGGACUUCAGCUCCUGUCCGCAUAAUAGAGGGUGUCCGCUUAAUACAGGUAAUGACUGUAGUCUAAGUUGCUUAAGAAGAAUCAUGAAAAAUUCUUUGAAAUCACUUUAUUUGAAGUCCUAAAUGAACAUAGAAUAUUCUUGCAUUUUCUAUGUAAUUGUGAGGAUUGUGGGUGUCCAGGAGCAACUUUUAAAGAUGCAUUUAAAGUGGCUGAGUAAUCUGAACCUUAUUCUUUCCAUCCUCCCCUGUCCUAGACUCCAUGUAAAUCUUAGCUGCAAACCCAAACACCAGCUGCCCACGAGGCGAUUCAGGCUGUUUCUUUUUCGUCUGUCUUUUUUUUUUUUUUUUUUUUUCAGGCUCCCAUGUGUGCUCCUGUAUUAGUUUCAUUUCGCCUUUAUUCCUCUCACUCUUAGCCUGUGUACAGACAAGAGGGGGCGUUUGUACACAGGCUAUCCCACUCUCUAAAAGACAAACGAAUGAAAGCAAAAAAAAACACAUAGGAGCAGGGAUCAGAGAAGCUGUUCUCAUGGAUACAAUGUAAGCCAUACUCUAAGGGUUUGAUGUUCACUCUCUCUCUUCUCAGAUUCAGUACAAUUUUGUGUUCAACUAUUCUGGUGCAUGCGGACAUGGCGGUGGUGGAGGUGGAGGUGACGAGGGACCUAAGGAUGUUCUGAGUGUUGGCUCAAUUCUACUUAUUGUGUAAGUACUGUACUGCUUUUAAUUUCCUUUUAGCAAGAUAAUUUAGACUACUAUCAGACCCUCGUUUUCCUCAGGGUUAGGCCUGUCCCGGCAGAGCUGAGUCAACUGUAGCGAACAUUUAUUUGUUUUAGAGAAAACUCAACCCCUUUGCCCGAUACGUGCGAAGAGCUGAAAACAACGCUCGCAUAUGCUCUGAUUGACUUUCCUUGACCGAUCUGACUCAGGUGGGCGGAGAAAAAGAAGAAAAAUUGGCCCCGCUAGAAGGCCGGUCAACUUUCUAGUCGAGGCAUUUUUUUUGUUUCUCAGGCAAAACGAUAAGCCAAGUUGUGAAAGGAAAUGUAGGAAACGUUGGCUCGCGCAGGGUAGCUUGGGCCUUAGUAAAGCAAAGAAAAUACGCGAGUGCACUGCACAAGCAGGGUUGUUGUUGUUAAUUCUUCAUCAAAGCUAUCACUUUCACGAUCUAAAAACGUCAUGUCUACCCGUCUGAAGCAGGCGAAUAGAACAGAACGUGUUGAACGAUCCAAAUUUCAUUCAGACGAACUUAUAUGAGCCAGACAAGAUUGGUUCGUCUCAUGAAAAGUUCGACGUUUGGCCAAGGCCUAAGUGUGACAAGUUUUUCCUUGUGCAGAUUUUUUCCUGGAAUAUUUUUGUAUUGCGUGGUUGGAGCACUGAUCAAUAAAGGGUCUGGAAAGACUGGUAAAGACAUGAUACCAAAUGCCAAGUUCUGGUCAAAUCUUCCAGGACUGAUUUCGGUAAGUGUUUUAGUGUCCGAGAAGUUACCAUCGUUUUCAUAACUUGUUCCACGCAGAAAUUUGCAGGCUAAUGAAAGAAAUUUUUUUUAAUCAUCACGGACAAAAGAAAGGACCCUCCGAAGGAUUUUACAACCCUAUAAACAUGUUCUUUUUUAGUAAGCACCUAAAUUAAAAGUGCAUCAGAAUGGUUUUGAAAACUACACAUACGCUACAUUUAUAUUUUAAUGGUUUGUCGAGAUAGGCGCACCGGUUACGACGGAAUUGAGGGAAAGAAAGAAACUUUGACUUUCCGUACAGUAUUAAUUACGGACCGAAAGUUCCAUGAAGAGAACGUGGAAUGACUGUGUUAUAAAAUAAUAAUGCUGUUAUUUUUUAAAUUAAGGUUUGAACAAUUUCUCUUUCAGGAUGGAUUCUCCUUUGUUAUAUCGAAGAUAACAUGUUCGGAGAUGUCCACAACACAAGAACGUUACGACCGCAUGUAGUUUUCGAUCAUUCCAUGCAUUUCAUGCAUUCCAGCCUUUUUUAGGUUUAACUAUGGGCUUGUUACGUCUGUAGUUAGUGUGAAAAAAAGCUGAGUGCAUCUGCUUUUAGUGAUGUAGCAACUCUCUCCGUGGUUUAAAAUGCCUUGGUAAACGAGCAAACCGUUUAACAACAUUUUGUGCUUAGUGUAAGACGUUGCAUUGUAAUUUUUCGUCAUGUUUCACGGCCUUAGCGCGUAUCCCAAAGCGUUAUAGUGUAUAACAUCGUGGCAGUUACUGCAACUGACUGCUUGUAGUUGGAAUCUGAAAGGAAAAGCAUGAUCUGCAAUAAACGUAAACAUAAAGUACAUAAACUCAACCAUAGUAGGCGACUUACGCGACUUUAAAUAGCCUUUACAGAACACUUUUGUCCGAAAAUGCAAGAAAACUCGGAACUUAGGUACUUCAUACUGGACACAAUUAUUUCCAUAUGACUUCAUGUAGACACUAAGAGGUCACGUGAUCAAUGCUUUCUUUAAACAAUGAGUUGGAAUCUUGCUGAUGCCAAACAUUGACAGAGCACGUGAAAAUUAUCUUACGCCCGAAGUUUGAGAGGAAACGCAUUUAAGGGAGAUAUUUUAUGGCACUUUGAUUUUCAAAAAAGUAGUAUGAUUUGUAUUGGCCGCCAUGUUGGACGGCAUACUCUUGCCCUCCAACAUGGCGGCCAAAACUACUUUUUGCAUAUAUCUUUUAAACGUUUGACAGUUACGCUCAGAUGUGCUGUAAACGUUACCACAUCAUCUUUUCAACAUUUUCCUCGAAAUUUAAAUGCAAUAUUUGUGUUCAGUAAGAGGUAAUUCAUAAUUUUAAAAAAAUCACAUUUUGGUCACGUGACCAGCUACGAACUUACUCAUUUUAAGAAAAUGGUGCGGGUUUGAAAAACCAAAUCACUAUUAUUUUGUUUAAGAUAUUACCCACUAAUCGUUUUUUGAAGGCAAAAUCACAUAACUUUCAUUUUCAUAAAAACGAUGUCACAGGACAUCUUAGUGCAAAUGGCUUAUUGCUUACGUUUAAGUGAGGAUUAGGGCGAGGGCACACUUCGUGAUGUUUACCAUGAAGAGCAUGAAUCUCAUUACCGACGCUCAGUGAACUGGGCUUAGCCAAUAACCUCUCCGUUUUAGUAGGCGGUGCAAAUUUUAAUGAAACCGUACCUGCUAAGCAAGGUCCAUUCAUUACCCUUAGAAUGGUUUGCUCACGUUGAAGUCCUCGUGACCAUUUUAGUUCUCCAAGUAUCUUGAUAAAAAAAAAUCAGUGAUAUUUCAACACCUCUCACGUAAAAUGUCGGAUUAGAAAAAUUCACGUCGUAGUCUUGCAUGGCCACCGCCAGAAAUAAAUGAACCAAAAAGAGUGAUGCACGUGCUAAGAUUUUAUUUUGCUCAUUCAGGUUUUUCUUCUUUACGUUCAUGCCAUCGCCGUCGUUGUUUCGUAAGCUCCGCUAUUUUUAAAGCGCCUAGUUUUCAUUAGCAAGGGAGCAAGAGUCCGAUUCCGUAUACGACUCCGUCGCUUACGAUCAAGUGAAAACCAGGUCUGUAUGAGUCGCAACCAGAGGCGGAAGAACUAAACCACCAAUCACAACGCAUGAGAACGGCAGUGGGAACGAGCAUUGUGAUUGGUUUAUUCUUCGCCUUCCGACUUCUGACGACUUCCGACAGCUUCUGACUGCCGACACACUAGUUUUCACCAAACGUAAGGCGACAGAGUUAAAAGCAGAGUCGGAAGAAAAAUGAACCAUUAUCAAUCCAUCAACCCUAUGGCUCAGCUUACGACUCUGUCGUUAGCGAAAACCAACCUUUAGGCUUUAAGGAUAGGCUUGAUACUUCAUUUAUUUACAUGUAGGCAGGUGUUCACAAAGUUGUAGAUAAACUUUCUGAACUAAAUACUGGUACUCAUUUUUUGUUCACUUCAAUAUUGUUCACAAGUCUAAUAUAUCGUACGCGUGACUUAGUCUAGUUAAAUUAUGAUAAUAGGAGCGGGGAAAGAUUUAAUAGUGGGUCAAUAGUCAGCUUGCCAUCUGCUUAGCGUUACUGUUAAGAAACGGCUUAUGGUACAUUAUAUGUGGCUGUCUGUGUAUCAUACAGUUUGCUUAUGUAGGUUGUUAGGCGCUAUAUUAAAUAUAUUGAAUAUUUUGAUUCAGUAAUGUGUCAGUAUUUAAGAGGAUAUAAUGAAUUGAUGGUCAAUAAAAAGCUAU